AUGUCUGAGAGAUUUGAAGUUAGGCACACAAACACAUCUAAUCCCUGUCCCUGGGAUCAGAUGGUCAAAAGAGAGCAGUGUAGUUUAAGUUCCACAGACCAAUGGAUAAUGAAAAAAGCACGUGGCUUAUACUGCAAAUUACCAAUUCUCUUUUCUUUACGAAUCUUGGGGUGGUUUCUUGCUAUUUUCUGUCUUUUUGUUUUCAUCAUCUUGUUGUUCCUAACAGAGGGCCCUUUCUCUCGUUCUGUGGAGGAUGAGAGCGUUGUUUCACCAGUGGAGCACGGAAGAAUCACAGUAGGAUCAUAUUGCUUUACACGGCAUGAUGCUUUGCGGUCGGGAGCAGAGGUGCAUACACCACCUUGUUUUCCCUUGGAUGUGAACUACAGCAACUACAGCGGAUUACCUCCAAACUAUCAUUUCUUUUCGCUCUUGGAUGGUGUUAUUACUCUGGAGCAACGUCGUGUGGGUAUCUACGCGACCUUCGACACAUCCAGGAUUCCGCCUGCACCAAUCGAAGUAAAGCGUCGUCACUCACAUUACGCUAAGCUUCUACAUUCUCCAUCGAAUAGAAGGGCACAACUGCGGGUUGUGGUGCAGCUUUCCGGUCAUCUGCGCACUUUUCAAAAGUGUGCACCGUCGUUGAAAGGAAAUAUUCUAACCAUGAACGAAGCAGAGUUGUUUAUCGCGACGUAUCCCAACUUGGGCCAUAGACGCCGAGGGUUGACUGGUAUUCUGGAGGAAGACCCACCACUUAGCAGCGCAGAAAUGCAGGAUGUGAUCUACCACUACCGACCUCACCUUGCCGGAAUGUUUCUUCUGGAUUCAAUUUCUAUGCGGGAAUACAUGAAGGUUCUGUUUUCCCGCAAGGUACUUGAAAGUACAAUCUGGGCUUGGAACAUCCUUCAGUUUUUUACAACUGAGUUGGCACACGAUAUGAGUAUAGCGGAGAGUAUGAGAGAAGAGAUUUCGCCAGCUGAGCUCGGGGACAACCUGUUUUUUCGCUUUACAUGUGACCGCGUACUUUACACAAGAAGUGGUUACAGACGAGUUACCCACGCACCAUUUGAUAUUGUCAUUCGCUUGCGUCCCGAUCUUUAUAUUAUGGGCCCUCUAUGGGUGGAGCCACUUCUCACGGUGGAGCAGCAGCAACAAGCUUUGACUGAGUGGCGACGUGUCAAACCGAGUAACACAACAGUAGAUGACAGUGCUAUUGUGAGACAAAGCUUCGCGGUGUACUUCAUGUGCGGCAACACUUCCUAUUUACCUUUUGUGGUGCCGCCUCGUCACGUUGCUCGCUCGCCUUAUCACCCAGAGGUUCCAGCGUGGGUGUCUGACUUUUCUGCUAUUGUAAGCAUGUACCCUGACGGAAAAAAUAAUGUCCCAACCACUGUUUUUCGUAUGUUCCACAAUUUGACACUUUUAUCACCUGAGGAACAGGAGAAGAGAAUGAUGUUUAGGUAUAACUCAGCUGAGGGAAUGUUGAUGAGGUACUUGGAGCAUGAGCGGUAUAGGUCCUUGCGUUUAAUGGGUUGGCACUUUGCUCUUCGAAACAAGGAGGUGUUUUACAAUUCUUCUGUACCGGUUGGAAAGAAUAAAAAGACAAGAUUGUUAAGAAAGGUAUUUGAGGUAACGAAUGUGAGUGAGGUGCGGUGCCCGUCCCUGGGAUAG